GGACGGAGCCCGGCUCGGCAGCCCGCAGCCCUGGACGCGAUGUUCCGCCGGACCUUGAAUCGCCUGUGCGCUGGAGAAGAGAAACGAGUUGGUACACGCACAGUAUUUGUUGGCAAUCAUCCCAUUUCAGGAACAGAAGCUUACAGUGCACAAAGAUUUUGUGAUAAUAGAAUAGUCUCCUCUAAGUAUACACUUUGGAAUUUCCUCCCAAAGAAUUUGUUUGAACAGUUUAGAAGAAUUGCAAAUUUUUAUUUUCUCAUCAUUUUCCUUGUACAGGUCACAGUUGACACACCAACCAGCCCAGUUACCAGUGGACUUCCACUUUUCUUUGUUAUAACUGUUACAGCAAUCAAGCAGGGAUAUGAAGAUUGGCUUAGACACAGAGCUGAUAAUGAAGUUAACAAAAGCACUGUUUACAUUAUUGAAAAUGCAAAACGAGUGAGAAAAGAAAGUGAAAAAAUCAAGGUUGGUGAUGUAGUAGAAGUACAGGCAGAUGAAACCUUUCCCUGUGAUCUUAUUCUUCUGUCGUCCUGCACAACAGAUGGAACUUGUUAUGUCACUACAGCUAGUCUUGAUGGUGAAUCUAAUUGUAAGACACAUUAUGCAGUACGAGAUACCAUUGAACUGUGUACAGCCGAAUCCAUUGAUAACCUCCGAGCAGCAAUUGAAUGUGAACAGCCUCAACUUGACCUCUACAAGUUUGUUGGGCGAAUCAGUAUCUAUAGUAAUAGUAUUGAGGCUGUUGCCAGAUCUUUGGGACCUGAAAAUCUUUUGCUGAAAGGAGCUACACUUAAAAAUACCAAGAAGAUAUAUGGAGUUGCUGUUUACACUGGGAUGGAAACCAAAAUGGCUUUGAACUACCAAGGGAAAUCUCAGAAACGUUCUGCUGUUGAAAAAUCUAUUAAUGCCUUCUUGAUUGUUUAUUUAUUCAUCUUACUGACCAAAGCUGCAGUAUGCACAACUCUAAAGUAUGUGUGGCAAAGUACUCCCUACAAUGAUGAACCUUGGUAUAAUCAAAAGACUCAAAAAGAACGGGAAACUUUUAAGGUUUUGAAAAUGUUCACCGACUUUUUAUCAUUCAUGGUUCUCUUCAACUUUAUUAUUCCUGUCUCCAUGUAUGUCACAGUAGAAAUGCAGAAAUUUUUAGGCUCAUUUUUUAUUUCAUGGGAUAAAGACUUUUUUGAUGAAGAAAUUAAUGAAGGAGCCUUGGUUAACACAUCAGACCUUAAUGAAGAACUUGGUCAGGUGGAUUAUGUAUUUACCGAUAAGACUGGAACACUCACUGAAAAUAGCAUGGAAUUCAUUGAAUGCUGCAUUGAUGGACACAAAUAUAAAGGCACAACUCAGGAAGUUGAUGGACUAUCUCAAACUGAUGGGCCCUCAGCCUUUUUUGAUAAAGCAGAUAAGAACCGGGAGGAACUCUUUCUGCGUGCCCUGUGUUUAUGUCACACUGUAGAAAUUAAAACAAAUGAUGCUGUUGAUGGACCUACAGAAGCAGCUGAAUUCACCUAUAUCUCCUCCUCACCAGAUGAAAUAGCUUUGGUGAAAGGAGCAAAAAAGUUUGGGUUCACAUUUUUGGGAAAUUGGAAUGGACAUAUACGAGUAGAAAACGAAAGAAAAGAAAUAGAAGAGUAUGAACUUCUCCACACCUUAAAUUUUGAUUCUAUCCGCCGACGUAUGAGUGUAAUUGUGAAGACCCAAGGAGGAGAUAUAUUACUUUUUUGUAAAGGAGCAGAUUCAUCAGUUUUUCCCAGGGUGCAUAACCAUGAAAUUGAGUUAACCAAAGCCCAUGUGGAACGUAAUGCAAUGGAUGGGUAUCGGACUCUUUGUGUAGCCUUCAAAGAAAUUGCUCCAGAUGAUUUUGAAAGAAUUAAUACACAACUCAUAGAGGCAAAAAUGGCCCUACAGGAUAGAGAAGAAAAACUGGAAAAGAUUUUUGAUGAGAUUGAGACAAAUAUGAAUUUAAUUGGAGCCACUGCUGUGGAAGACAAGCUGCAAGAUCAGGCUGCAGAGACCAUUGAAGCUCUGCAUGCAGCUGGCUUGAAAGUCUGGGUGCUUACUGGAGACAAGAUGGAAACAGCCAAAUCCACGUGCUAUGCCUGCCGCCUUUUCCAAACCAAUACUGAGCUCCUGGAACUGACCACAAAAACCAUUGAAGAAAGUGAAAGGAAAGAAGAUCGAUUACAUGAAUUGUUAAUAGAAUAUCGUAAGAAGUUGCUGCAUGAAUUUCCUAAAAACACUAGAAGCCUUAAAAAAGCAUGGACAGAACAUCAGGAAUAUGGAUUAGUCAUUGAUGGCUCCACAUUGUCACUCAUACUAAAUUCUAGUCAAGACUCUAGUUCAAACAACUAUAAAAGUAUUUUCCUGCAAAUCUGUAUGAAAUGUACUGCAGUGCUCUGCUGCCGGAUGGCACCAUUACAAAAAGCCCAGAUUGUCAGAAUGGUGAAGAACUUGAAAGGCAGCCCUAUAACACUGUCAAUAGGUGAUGGUGCCAAUGAUGUCAGUAUGAUUUUGGAAUCUCAUGUGGGAAUAGGUAUUAAAGGAAAAGAAGGUCGUCAAGCAGCCAGGAAUAGUGAUUAUUCUGUCCCAAAAUUUAAACAUUUAAAGAAACUGCUAUUGGCUCAUGGACAUCUAUAUUAUGUGAGAAUAGCACAUCUUGUUCAAUAUUUCUUCUAUAAGAACCUUUGCUUCAUUUUGCCACAGUUUUUGUACCAAUUCUUCUGUGGAUUCUCACAACAGCCACUCUAUGAUGCUGCGUAUCUUACAAUGUACAAUAUCUGUUUCACAUCCCUGCCCAUCCUGGCCUACAGUCUAAUGGAACAGCACAUCAACAUUGAUACUCUGACCUCAGACCCUCGAUUGUAUAUGAAAAUUACUGGCAAUGCUAUGUUACAGUUGGGGCCCUUCUUAUAUUGGACAUUUCUGGCUGCCUUUGAAGGGACAGUAUUCUUCUUUGGAACUUACUUCCUUUUUCAGACUACAUCCUUAGAAGACAAUGGAAAGAUAUAUGGAAACUGGACAUUUGGGACCAUUGUUUUUACAGUCUUAGUAUUCACUGUAACUCUGAAGCUUGCCUUGGAUACCCGAUUCUGGACGUGGAUAAAUCACUUUGUGAUUUGGGGUUCUUUAGCCUUUUAUGUUUUUUUCUCAUUCUUCUGGGGAGGAAUUAUUUGGCCUUUUCUGAAACAACAGAGAAUGUAUUUUGUGUUUGCUCAAAUGCUGUCUUCUAUAUCCACAUGGUUGGCCAUAAUUCUCCUAAUAUUUAUCAGCCUUUUCCCUGAGAUUCUCCUAAUAGUAGUAAAGAAUGUACGAAGAAGAAGUGCCAGGAGCAAUCUGAGCUGUAGAAGGGCAUCUGACUCAUUAUCCGCCAGACCUUCUGUCAGACCUCUUCUUUUACGAACAUUCUCAGACGAGUCUAAUAUAUUGUAACAGAAUCCGAAUCUUGAACUGCCCAUGUUGUUGUCCUACAAGCAUAUUGACUGUGGUUGCAGCUAAAGAAAGAAAGCAUGAAGGAACAACUACAAAAGAUAUUAACUCAGGAUACUCAAUAUGCAACAAAAACCACUCUCAUGUGUAGGGUUCAGAAUAAAUGUCCAUUAAAAUACCAAAUAACUCUCCUAACCAUUUACAGUUAUUGUAAGUAGCCAUUAUGGCCAAAGUUAAGAAUUAUAUGAAAGUUUAAAGUAAGCAUACUUAGAAUUCUGGAUUUAGAUAGAAUAAUGUAACUAUAAAAUGGGUGCUCUUUUAACCCAUUGAC